AUCAGCUAAAUUAAAAGAACAAUAUGGAUCAGGUUAUAAAUUGAUUAUUAAUAAACAUAGUAGUUGUCGUACAAAUGAUAUUAAAGCUGAAUUACGUAAUUAUUUACCGAAAUUAAAAGUUGAAACAGAUAUAUCUGAUGGUGAUGUCGUUUUUCGUACAAAUCAACAACCAAAUGAUCAGUUUGUUCAAGCAUUACAUCAUCUUGAAUCAAUGAAAAGAAAUAAUCGAAUUAAAAAUUAUGGAGUACAAAAUAGUACUAUGGAUGAUAUAUUCUUAAAAACUACAAAAGAUACAGAAGUUAAAAAUGAUUCAAGAUCAACAUCCAUUUAUACUAAUACGAUUGAAAAACAAUGUCGUCAUGUAUUUCAUCGUCAAUGUUUUUUUUCCGGUCCUCGUUAUUAUUUAAGUCAAUUUCAUGGAUUAUUAGCAAAAACUGUACUUGUUCAUUAUCGUCGUUGGGCAUUAACACUUAUUAUUUUAUUAUUACCAAUUCUAUAUAAUCUUUUAUCAAAUUUAAUAUCUCAAAGCCAAAAUGAUCCAGGAAUUUUUAAAAUGAAUUUCAAUUCUCUUAAUCCACAAACAAUUUUAUAUCAUACAGAUCCAAGUAUGAAUAAAUAUUUUCUUGCAUCUAUUAAUGGUGCAAAACUUGAACAAGGAUCAGGAAACAUAUCUGAGAUGAAUGAAAAUAUUUGGAAAAAACGAAUGAAUCGUCUAUAUACAUAUACAGAUAUUUAUCUUGGUUUUAAUAUUCCUCCACCAUAUGGAAAUAAAUAUAAAAUUGAAAUAUUAUCAUCAAAUUUAAUAUCAGGUUAUGUAGUUAUAUCUCUUGCAUCAAAUAUAUUCUAUAAACAUGCAUUAAAUGAUUCAAGUGCAUCGAUUCAAACAACACUUGUCUAUAAAAAAAAGGCAGAAAAUUUUACUGAAGAACCAUCGCUUGCUCAACUAUUGGAUAUGUAUAGUACGACAUCAUGUUUUUUAAGAAUAUUACCAACAUCACUUUCACUUGACUUAUUUGUGUUCUAUAUUUUAUUCUUUUAUACAACUGUAUUCUUAACUAGUGAACGAGAAGAUAGCUUUUUAUCAUUAUUAAAUAUUAGUGGUUUACAUCCAGCAUCAUAUUGGUUAUUUACUUAUCUAUUUGAUAUGAUAAUAUCUAUUAUAUGGUUUUGUUAUUUACUUGCAAUUUGUUGUAUAUUUGAUGCUGCUUUUAAAGGUCGACCAGAAAAGAAAUCAUUACAAGGUGUACUUGAAUUUCUUAGUUCAUGGGAUUUACGUACACAAUUUUAUCGAUCAUCCAUUUUAAUAGCAUUACCAACAUUACCAUUUGCUUAUUUAUUAACAAAACUUUUUAAAAAUGACAUUCUCGGUGGUAUAACCAUAUUUUUCAUAUUAAUAAUUCUUCAUUUUGUAAGUACGAUUACACAAUAUAUGGCACUAAUGAUUGAAAGUGCAUUUGUUCAAAAACUUUUAUAUUGGUUAUUUAAUAUCAUAUUUCCAACUGUCAAUUCUCAAGCUAUAAUAACUUAUAUCUUAACACGUAAAAGCGAAUUUUGUAAAGUAGUGAUUGCACUGUUUAUAAGAGACGAUCGCGAUAGAUUAUUUUUUAGACCUAUUGGUAAUGAUACAAUUGGUUGGAAUAUAGUCAUUCUUGUUUUACAUAUAGUUGUAUUCUUAUUCUUAUUAAUUAUUACUGAUAGUGGUUUGUUACAAUUUUCAUUUUCAUGUUUCUAUAAAUCAAAUUUUAAUGAAAAUACUCUUGAUGAUGAUGUUUUAACUGAACGUCAUCGAGUUUUAGGAACGCAAACACAUACAUUUGAAGAUGAAGAAAAUGUUGAUCAUUUAACAGUUAAAAAUCUUAUUAAAUAUUAUUCAAGAAAAAAAAUGUUAGCUGUUGAUCAUUUAACAUUUGGUGCAAGACGUGGAGAAGCAUUUGGUUUGCUUGGCUAUAAUGUAAAUAAACAAUAA